AUGUUCAUAUCAUACGCACGCCAUGCCAUCUUGCGGGGCGCGCUGCACACGGGCAACGCGAAUAGAUUACUUACUUCGAGCUCCGCUCCGCCGUUUCCUCGGCCUCGAUAUCGCCGAUCUUUGCAACAAGCAAUUUCGAUGCUCAACAGUGAGCGUGGCUCACAAGGGUCCAUUCGCGCUAUGAGAGUUCGACCCUGCUGGCGGUCCUUCUACAAAAGCGAUAGCCUCUGCGACAGUCUCAUGUCAGUCGUCGAGGAUCGCGCACCAUGGUAUCCCAUGCUUGUCGGAGGUUCGGCCACGGCAGUGGCCUUGCCCUUCACGAAGCAAUCAUGCCUGCUCUCGCCAGAGGCAUGUUUGCCUCUCAACGUGAACGGAACGCCUACUCCAGGCGGCUCGAGUGAAGACGAUUUGAUACAGAACUUGUUCUUGCCAGCAACGGCCCUGUGUGGCCCAGAGGAAGCAACCAUCAGCGCCCUUAGCAAAUACAUGAAUGUGCUACUCGUUGCACUCGGCUUCACACUCAGUCUACUGGCACUCGUGGCUCGCUUGGUCUUGAUCAUUCAGGCACCCGCAGGUGAUGAUCCAAACGCCACGCGUAGGAGGUCUUUCGUUCAGAUUCGCCUUGCCCUCGAAGAGCGGCCUAUCUCUGUGGAUGAUACGAUAGCUAGCUAUACAGCCAACACCUCAGGGUCGCCCAAGGAGCUAGGUCUGGCGUUCGAUUCGCCCCAGAACACAUCUGGCUCGGCCCUUUCAGAAAUUGCAUCGCGGGAUUCCUUGCAUGUCGAUCAAGCUGGGACCUCUACAUUCGCCCUGCCCAGCUCACUAAGGUCUCCAGUUUAUACGAAACGGUGGCAUCAAAAGCGAGCAUCAAUCAGCUCAGUUGACGCGCUCAAUAUACUUGAUGAGGCGCCCGUUCGGCUGCAUGGUAACCCGUCGCUGAGAGAGACGUAUCGCAAAGCACGCACCUGGAGUCGUACAUUGACAAAUCGUGUGGGCAGGCAGCCCGUUCGCCAGAAAUCAGGGUCAUCGUGCUCCUCCGUCUCAAGCAGCUCAGCUUCUUUCGACGGCUUUGCGCUCACCUAA